AUGGCCAAAGAAAGAGAAAAAAAGCUCUUCCUAUCACUUUUCGGCAACUACGCUGCCGAACUUAAGCUCUUAAUAACAACGCUUUUCCUUCUCUGCACAGUCGCCACUUUCCUCCAAUUCAUUCCUUCUCGUUUCACUAUUUCAGCUUCUGAUAUUCGCUUUUGCAUCUCUAGAGUCACCCAAACACUCCCUAACACCACAGCCACAACCACAGCAAACAAUUUAACCGUAGCGGAAAAGUUUGUUACCGUUACUGAAUCGUUAGCCUCAGUUCCAAAUCCACCUCCACCGUUAGUUCCAACCGUUAACAAUGAACGUGUACUCGAAAACGGGAUUAUCAAACGCGCUUUUAACCCUUACGGUUCCGUUGCUUAUAACUUCGUCACCAUGGGAGCUUAUCGCGGUGGCGUUAACACUUUCGCCAUUAUCGGUGUAGCUUCAAAGCCACUUCAUCUUUACAGUAAACCGACUUACGAAUGUGAAUGGAUCUCCGCCUCCGGUGACGGAGAUUCGAGAAAAAUCACCACCGUCGGUUAUAAGAUGCUUCCUGACUGGGGAUACGGUCGUGUUUACACGGUUGUGAUAGUUAACUGUACCUUCCCGGAGCAUAUUAACACCGACAACACCGGCGGAAAGUUGAUUCUCUACGCUUCAACUUCCGGCGGUGGUGACACAAGCUUAAACACCACCGACAGAAUCGAAGUCCUUAACGAGCCAAACGGAACGUUAGAUUUAUCGAUUUUCACUUCGAAGCCGAAAUACGAUUAUUUCUACUGCGGUUCAUCGCUUUACGGAAACUUGAAUCCGCAAAGAGUUCGUGAAUGGAUUGCUUACCAUGUGAAGUUUUUCGGACCUAGUUCACAUUUUGUGAUUCAUGAUGCUGGUGGUGUUCAUGCAGAGGUUUAUGAGGUUUUGAAACCGUGGAUUGAGCUUGGGUAUAAAUUUAUGGGGAAAUGGAUGUUCUUCUUUGAUGUUGAUGAGUAUAUCUAUGUUCCUCCGAAAAGUACUAUUAAAUCGGUGCUUGAUUCGCUAUCGGAAUACUCUCAGUUUACAAUUGAACAGAUGCCGAUGAAUAACAAGCUUUGCCAUUCUUCUGAUUAUGGAAAAACUUAUAGGAAAUGGGGAAUUGAGAAGCUAGUGUACAAAGAUGUGAAGAAAGGGAUUAGAAGGGACAGAAAAUAUGCAGUGCAACCACGUAGGCUAUUUGCAACAGGUGUUCACAUGUCACAGAAUUUAGAUGGAAAAACAACUCACAACACGGAAGGAAGAAUAAAAUAUUUUCAUUAUCAUGGAACCAUAGCUCAAAGAAGAGAAUCAUGUAAAGUGUUUCUAAAUUCAACAGAAACCACAUAUGACAAAACACCUUAUGGGUUGGAUACAACUCUGAGAGACAUUGCUGGUGUGAUCAAGAAAUUUGAGCUCAAGAUGAUUGGAAACAGAGUACAGAAGACAAAGCUAUGA